AGUCACCAAAAACCAAUCUCCUGGUUUAUGAAAUCAGAAAACCAGCAUGAAAUCCAUGAAGAUUGUCUAGAUGCAAGGAAUCUCUGAGGAUCGCAAGUCAGUUCUAGGAUCAAGAGAAUUGUAGAAAAAUAUGGACGAAUUACUCAAUGAGGACAAUGAGGAAGUAGCGGAGAAAUCAACAACGCCAAAUAGCACUGGUAUAGAGACAAACGACGAUGGAAAUGAAGAUUCAAGCCAGGCAGAAAAUAGGAAAACCUUCAUCGAAAUUGUAGGAUUUCUGUCUCUAGCCGUCGUCACCUAUAUACUGUACACUACCAUCAUCACUUCCGCGGAGGAUAUCCUUGCUUCAACGCAUAUCCCAACCUCAUCUACCAUCAUAUGCCUCAAUACACCAUACUUCAUCAUGACAUUGGUUAUGCCAUACUAUGUUGACAAAGUUCCACUUAUCACAAAAGCGAUAGUUUCCUCCAUGUUGUUCGCUAUUGCUUUAGUUCUUAUAGCGUUGAUUACUACACCAGGGCUUAGGUUGAUUGGUAUUCUAGUCGCCUCGCUUGGGUUGGGCACGGCAGAAAUUGGAUUUCUCUCCGCGACRUCUUUGCAUCAAGAUUUAACUAUGCAUGCCUUUGCUACGGGAACAGGGCUUGGAGCUAUUCUUGGUCCUGCAUUAUACACAAUCAUGACCACGUUCGUCUGCGUCCAUCCUAGCACAGUGCUACUUCUCUUGCUGUUCUUUUUACCUCUAUUUCCCGCCAUUUCGUGGUAUGUGGCCAAGCAUACGACCCAUUCCAGGAGCUCAGAACAAGAUGGCAGCACUGUGGAGUACAUGCGAAUAGGUGAAGACCAAACCGCAGAUAUCCACCACCAAAAACUAUCAAGAGAAGAGAAAAUAAACGCUGCAAAAGCCAACAUGCAUCUUGCUGUACCAUUGUUCUUUGGUCUGUUCGCUGAUUAUCUAACCAUGCAAGGUGUGGUAACUACCAUUGCAUUUGAAGACUCWCCAUUUGACCCAAGAGAUCAUUACCAGUACUAUACGAUAUCAUUUUGGAUAGGAGAGUUACUAGGUCGGUCUUAUGGACUGAUUCUGUCUUGGGGCAAGCCUGACUGGACUGUAAUCACRCACAAGACGUGGAUUUUCACAGCUGUACUAAUGGUUGACGUCUUCUUCCUCAUUCUUGCGAGCUUAUAUCGAUUUCUCCCUAGUUACGUAGUUGUUAUGAUGCUGACCUUUGUUACCGGGUCAGCGGAAGGUGCUCUUUAUUUGAAUUCCUUUGCAAUGGCGGGAAGAAACAUGAGCCCACGGUACAAGGAAUUUUCGCGCGCCUUUUUGACGACUGCYGUGCAAGGUGGAGUCAUAGUGGCGGGCCUCACAGGAUUAUGGGUAGAGCCAGCUUUAAAGGAUCAUUGCGCUCAAUUAAUAACGAACACUGAGUAUUGUUUCACGCGAUCAAUGCAUGGAUGGAAUGUUAGUACAUCGUGUAUAACAUAGUCAUGUAUYUAGUGAUCCACUAUUUAAUAUAUGCAAUUUAAAGAAUUUACCUAAAAAAAGUAACAUAGGUUUUCAAGUUUUUCAAGAAUAUUUCAUUUUCUGUAUUAACGAUUUUCAACGGGAUACCACAAACUUGUUUUCAUGAUACGCUCGGUGACUCACGCKCUUACUAUAAUCGCGCGCCGAAYGAGAGGAAAUAMUGUAAUAUAAAUCUAUGUUUUCAGGGAAAAAUAAGUCCCUCUGCUCGUAGGAGACAUACAAGGUCAUAAACACCUUAACUAGAGGAAUUACUAAUUUGUGCACAGGCAACAAGACUGAUGUAGAACCAGAUAAUCUUAGAAAAGCGCAGGUGGAUUUUCAGUUAAUCAGAUCACAGGGAUCAUCUAUUGUAUAUAAAUCUGAACGUUUCGUUUUUUUAUGGUUUGGUUAAGGGAGGUUUUAAUAAUGUAAAAAAGGUAUGUAUUAAAUUAUGUAAGGGAGAAACUUAA